AGACCAAUCAAGAUCGAAUCCUGUAGGAAAACAAACGCUCUGAUUGGCUGAGACGCGGCAUCGGUUUCAAGGCGCCCUGCGUUCUGUCGGGGGGUCUUGUGAAUGGAGGGGGGCGCCUGGAAACCGGUGGAAUCCGCACGGAGCGAGGAGAGCGAGCCUCUGGACUUCCAACUGCUCAGCAUGUGAACCGUCGCUCCGUGUGAAGUCAAGUCGAGAGGGGGGAGAAAAAACACAAAACCGAUAGAAAUAUACGACUUUUUAAGUUUUAAAUCUUUGUUUCUAAGCGCCGAAACCACCACGGGUGAGCGCUACGACGCCUGGAAUAAUCUUGGUUCGCUUUACUUCGAAGAAAAUGGGACUUUAAGUGGGAUUUAUAUAUUUUUUUCCGCUUCCCACCCCCCCCCUCUGGACUGGGAGUGAGAGUGGACUGCUCGGAGUCACUUACAAAGACCAUCAAGAAGUCAUGACGCGACGAACGUUAACUUCGGAUUAAUCGUCACUAAACACCAGUUAGAAACACGACUGCGGCCAUUUCGGCUCGGUUUACUCGGACUGUACCAUCCGCGUUGCCGCGUUUAAUGUAGAUUUUCGUUGCUUUUUCGAGCGGUUUUUUUUUUUUUUUCCAAGUCGCCCUACUUGGAUCAAAGUUUUUUCCUUCCUUCCCUCCCCCCCUCUCUCUCCCUCUCUCCUUCUCCUCUCCACCACCUCCUCCUCCUCGACUAUGGCGGCGGCCGGGUCCACCGCUGGCUCCGUGCUGCUGCGGAUCAUGUGGCUCCUGUUCGGGUUCUCCUCGCUGUGUUCGGCUCAGCACUACAACAGCGACAGCGGGAUAUCGGUACCGGAACACGGGUUCUGCCAGCCCAUUUCCAUCCCGCUCUGCACCGACAUCGCCUACAACCAGACCAUCAUGCCGAACCUCCUGGGCCACACGAACCAGGAGGACGCGGGGCUGGAGGUGCACCAGUUCUACCCGCUGGUGAAGGUCCAGUGCUCCGCGGACCUGAAGUUCUUCCUCUGCUCCAUGUACGCGCCGGUAUGCACGGUUCUGGAGCAGGCCAUCCCCCCGUGUCGGUCCCUGUGCGAGCGGGCCCGGCAGGGUUGUGAAGCCCUGAUGAACAAGUUCGGGUUCCAGUGGCCGGAGCGGCUCCGCUGCGAGGCUUUCCCCGUACACGGAGCCGGUGAGAUCUGCGUGGGCCAGAACACGUCCGAACCCAGCAGCCCGGCCUCCUCGUCGUCCCCGUUCGCACCCGAACCGGUGACCCUUCCCCCAAACAUGGGUCGACCCAACCAGCGCCCGCCCCCGCACAACCAGCACCACCAGUUCUCCUGCCCCCUGCAGCUGGAGGUGCCCUCCUACCUGGGGUACCGGUUCAUGGGGGUCAAGGACUGCGGGGCCCCGUGCGAGCCCAACAAACCCACCGGGAUCAUGUACUUCCGGGAGGACGAGGUGAAGUUCGGCCGGCUGUGGGUCGGGAUCUGGUCCAUUUUGUGCUGUGUGAGCACUUUAUUCACAGUGCUCACGUACUUAGUGGACAUGAGGCGGUUCCGGUACCCCGAGAGACCCAUCAUCUUCCUGUCGGGCUGCUACUUCAUGGUGGCAGUGGCCUACGCCGCCGGGUUCUUCCUGGAGGACAAAGUAGUGUGCGUGGACAAGUUCAAGGACGACGGGUACCGGACGGUGGCCCGGCGGACGAAGAAGGAGGGCUGCACCAUCCUUUUCAUGGUCUUGUACUUUUUCGGGAUGGCCAGCUCCAUCUGGUGGGUGAUCCUGUCCCUGACCUGGUUCCUCUCUGCCGGGAUGAAGUGGGGCCAUGAGGCGAUCGAGGCCAACUCCCAGUACUUCCACCUGGCUGCGUGGGCGGUACCGGCCAUCAAGACCAUCACCAUCCUCGCCAUGGGUCAGGUGGACGGGGACGUGCUGACCGGGGUGUGCUUCGUCGGGAUCUUCAACGUGGACUCCCUCCGCGGGUUCGUGCUGGCCCCGCUCUUCGUCUACCUGUUCAUCGGCACGUCCUUCCUCCUGGCCGGCUUCGUGUCCCUCUUUCGGAUCCGCACCAUCAUGAAGCACGACGGCACCAAGACGGAGAAGCUGGAGAAGCUGAUGGUCCGGAUCGGGGUGUUCAGCGUCCUCUACACGGUACCGGCCACCAUCGUGAUCGCCUGUUACUUCUACGAGCAGGCCUUCAGGGAGCACUGGGAGCGCACCUGGCACAUGCAGACCUGCAAGCGGUUCGCCGUGCCCUGCCCGGUCCACAACUUCGCCCCCAUGACCCCGGACUUCACCGUGUUCAUGAUCAAGUACCUGAUGACCAUGAUCGUCGGGAUCACGUCGGGUUUCUGGGUCUGGUCCGGGAAGACGCUUCAGUCGUGGCGGCGGUUCUACAAGCGCCUUAGCAACGGUAACCAUGGAGAGACAACGGUUUAACGGCCAGGAGGAUUUAAAAAGACACAAAGCGGAGUUUGUUUUUUUUUUUUGUUUUUUUUUGGGGGGGAGAAGUUAUAAUAACCGUGUAAAAAUGAGGUCAAAUAGCUUUCAUUUUAAUACUAUUUCUGGACGGAUUUGUUUUUGUUUUUGU